CGCGAGCUCUCCGCGCCUCUCCCCCCCACCUCCUCCUCCUGCGGCUGCCCGUUCCGUGCACGCAGCAGCCGGAGCUGCCAAGCGCCAGGGCCGCGGCGAUGUCGUCGUCGUCGCCGCCGGUGGGGGCUGCCAGCGCCGCCAUCUCGGCCUCGGAGAAAGUGGACGGCUUCACCCGGAAAUCGGUGCGCAAGGCGCAGAGGCAGAAGCGCUCCCAGGGCUCGUCGCAGUUCCGCAGCCAGGGCAGCCAGGCGGAGCUGCACCCCUUGCCCCAGCUCAAAGAUGCUACUUCCAAUGAACAACAAGAGCUUUUCUGUCAGAAGUUGCAGCAGUGUUGUGUACUGUUUGAUUUCAUGGACUCUGUUUCAGACUUGAAGAGCAAAGAAAUUAAAAGAGCAACACUGAAUGAGCUGGUUGAGUAUGUUUCAACUAAUCGUGGUGUAAUUGUUGAAUCAGCAUAUUCUGAUAUAGUAAAAAUGAUCAGUGCUAACAUCUUUCGUACUCUUCCUCCAAGUGAUAAUCCAGAUUUUGAUCCAGAAGAGGAUGAACCCACACUUGAGGCCUCUUGGCCUCACAUACAAUUGGUGUAUGAAUUCUUCUUAAGAUUUUUGGAGAGCCCUGAUUUCCAGCCUAGCAUUGCAAAGCGAUACAUUGAUCAGAAAUUUGUCCAACAGCUCCUGGAGCUUUUUGAUAGUGAAGAUCCCAGAGAACGUGACUUCCUGAAGACUGUUCUGCACCGAAUUUAUGGGAAAUUUCUUGGAUUAAGAGCAUUCAUCAGGAAACAAAUUAACAACAUUUUCCUCAGGUUUAUAUAUGAAACAGAACAUUUCAAUGGUGUUGCUGAACUCCUUGAAAUAUUAGGAAGUAUUAUCAAUGGCUUUGCAUUGCCACUGAAAGCAGAACAUAAACAAUUUCUAAUGAAGGUUCUUAUUCCUAUGCAUACUGCAAAAGGAUUAGCUUUGUUUCAUGCUCAGCUAGCCUACUGUGUCGUACAGUUCCUGGAGAAGGAUACUACACUAACAGAACCAGUGAUCAGAGGGUUGCUGAAAUUUUGGCCAAAAACAUGCAGUCAGAAAGAGGUGAUGUUUUUAGGAGAAAUUGAAGAAAUCUUAGAUGUCAUUGAACCCACACAGUUCAAAAAAAUUGAAGAACCCCUUUUUAAGCAGAUAUCCAAGUGUGUAUCCAGUUCUCAUUUUCAGGUUGCAGAAAGGGCAUUGUACUUCUGGAAUAAUGAAUAUAUUCUUAGUUUGAUUGAGGAGAACAUUGAUAAAAUUCUGCCAAUUAUGUUUGGCAGUUUGUACAAAAUCUCCAAAGAACACUGGAAUCCGACCAUCGUAGCACUGGUAUACAAUGUGCUGAAAACCCUAAUGGAAAUGAAUGGCAAGCUUUUUGAUGACCUUACUAGUUCAUACAAAGCUGAAAGACAAAGAGAGAAAAAGAAGGAAUUGGAACGUGAAGAAUUAUGGAAAAAAUUAGAGGAGCUAAAGCUAAAGAAAGCUCUGGAAAAGCAGAACAGUGCUUACAACAUGCACAGUAUUCUCAGCAAUACAAGUGAUGAAUAAAAAAAGCCCACCACCUCUGUUGGAUAAGCAGUUUUGUACACUUUUUUGAAAUAUGUAAAAAUUAUGAAACCUCUCAGUAUAAUAUAAUUAAAAGGCCAACUUUUUUUCUGGCAACUGUAAAUGAAAAAUAUGGACUAAACAUAGCCGUGUGCUGUUAUCAUGGCCACAGUAUAUUGUAACCUCUGUCUAAUCAUGGAUUUAUUGUGUCACUUCUCAAGUUUCACAGAAAUGAAUGAACUUUAUCAUCUAUGAUAUGAGUGAGAUAAUUAUGGGAGUGGUAAGAAUUAUGACUUGAAUUCUUUUUUUGAUUGUGUUGCACAUAGAGAUAGUAUUCUGCUCUGUAUAUUUUUCCCUUUUAUAAUGUGCUUUUCACAUUGCUGCAGACCUUAGUUACAUCCUGGGAAAAAGACUAUUUCCUAAAACAAAACUAAGGUGUAAUACUUACCCUUCUCUUUGUUGCUCCCAGAAAUAUGAUGGGGGGAGUUACCUGCCCUAAGCCUUCCUUCAUUAGAGAUAUUACUGCACUCUGGAAUUUGAGCAGAAACUUAAAUCUCCAGACUUUUUAAAGCACAAAAUAUAAAUAAAAGCUGGGAAAGUAAACCAAAUUCUUCAGGUUGUUCCUCAUGAAUAUCUCCCUUCAUCUGCAACUCCCCAGGGUGGCGAGCCCAGAUUCACGGAGGCACCGCUGGUGAGCACGAGCCUGCCUCUCAGUUCAUUCCUCCUCCUCCUCCUCCUCCUCCUCCUCGCAAAGGCUGAAGGCAGGACCUUUCCAGUCCUCACUCCCUGCCCUUCCUCCAGUCCCUCCUGCCCCAGGGAAGGAGGCUUUGAGUCCCACAAUGUGGUGACGCAGAGCGCUCACUGUCACUGCCUGGCUUUAUUUAAAGGAACCGCAGUAGGCUUCCCCUGUAGAGUUCUUGACUCUAGAAAGGUCUUGUAUGUUUUCACUUGGUCAAGUAUUUCUCACACCUUUUGUUAUGAGUACCAUUCCAAUCUCUACUAGCAGUUGUGUGGAGAACUGUUUUGUAAUGAAAGAUCUUCACUGGGGGAUUGAGCAGCAUUUAAUAAAGUCUAUGUUUGUAUUUUG